AUGGUAUACAGUAAGCGGAAUGCGUACCUUGACUCCAUUCUUCGGCACCCAUUACCUGAUGUCAAUCUUCAAGAUGGGAAGGGCAUCCCAAUAAUCCAAACUGCUCUGGAGGUAGGAGAUGCAGAGGCUGCACAAAUAUUGAUCGACAGAAGCGCCGACCUCCGUUGCAGGGAUUAUUCCAGUAGAAACAUCCUACAUCUCCUCUCUGCCGAUGAUUGUGGGAUAGGUCUCGCUCAGCGUAUCCUCGCUUUGGCACCAGAUCUCCAAUACCGGUUUGAUAAGGACGGCAGGACCCCACUUCACUAUGCGAUAGAUUGCCAGAAGCCAGGAAACCCAAGUGACAAGGUCAAGCUUUUAAUCUCCGCGGGUCUUGAUGUGACGGUCCAAGAUACUAAUGGCGAUACGCCACUACAUAUUCUCUUCAAAAGACCGUUUCUUCCCGUUGCAGACUGCUAUGGUGAUGCAGUCUGGCAGGGCUUCGUCAAGAAUACAAUUGACUUGCUGGUCUCUAAAGGAUCAGACAUCAACGCGCAGAACAAAGCCGGGGAAACGCCUGCAUUCGGGUACUUCCGUGGAAGCAGCUUCAGAGUUGAUCUUAACUGGGCGAAGUUAGAUGAAGAGAGAUAUUCGCUGUCAAAGAAAUGGGGCGGUGAUAGAUGGAAGGUUAACAAAGAACUUGAGGCGCAGAUCGUUGAGGAAACGGAGCCAAAGAUUUGGGCGGUUUUUGAUGAGAUGGGAAUGGAUUGGUCGGCAAUCAAUGCCAAAGGGGAGUCUCUGCUCCACGUUGUUGCUAGCCAUGAACGACAUUUCAGAAGAUUAGCAACGUUUCAGUUCUUGGUGAGUGAAGGAUUGGAUCCUAUGGCAGAAGAUAUCAAAGGUCAAAGUGCGCUGGAUAUUGGGGCGCAUAGAAAGGCAGACGACAUCUUGGCAUGGCAUAAGGUUGGGUAG